GGUUUUGAUAGAGUGAAGGCGAAAAGACGGUAGAAAAACAGAAAAAUGCAGUCCCUAAAGGAAACAGCAGCCAACAUAGCGGCCUCUGCCAAAGCUGGCUUGGAAAAGACCAAGGCAACAGUGGAGGAGAAGGUGGAGAAAUUGACUGCCCAUGACCCAGUGCAAAAAGAAAUGGCGACUCAAAAGAAAGAGGAGAGGAUCCACCAGGCAGAACUUGACAAACAAGAGGCGCGUAUGCACAAUGCGGCGGCGAAGCAAGCCGGCAGAGACGACGGCUAUACGGCAACAGGCACACAUGCCUACACGGCAACUGGCACACAUGCCUACACGGCAACUGGCACUCACACGCAUUCGACGACUGGGGAUCGUGGACAGCCCACUGGGGACAGACAGAUGUCAGCUUUGCCUGGACACCGCACUGGGCAGCCCACUCUGCAGGUGGAUGCCGGUAGGGCAGAGGCCCAUCCUAUUGGGAUCAAUACUGGUGGGGGUGGGUCCAAGACCCAUAAUACGCGAGUGGAGGGGAUUCCCCACGGGUACGGGACUGGGGGGACUUGCAGUUGAGAUGGCUUUUCUGGUUUCCUUUGAAUAAAUAAAGUAAUAGGUUUUGUUUGCCAUUCAGUUCUAGGGCCCUUUGUGUGGGUGGGUAUGUUUGGAACUUGCUCUUUGUAGGAAUGAAAUGAUUUGCCUUUUAGUUGUUCCAAAUAAAAAUAAGA